AUGGAAACAACACCAAUCGACACCACUAUAAACCUACUCAAAAGGUCCAGCAUGUCCGACCCCGAUAAAUACCCUCUCUAUGUCUUCCUUAUCAUCCUUGGUUGUGUAGUGGGUACCCUCAUCGGAUUCAGUAUUUACAUGAUGUACCAUGGUCUCGACGAUUCAGGACAGAUGAAGGAAAUCCCAUACGAACAAAGGAAAUACAUGCGUGAGAGCAGACAGCGGAACUUGAACGCGUUGGCCGUUGAGGCUCGGCGGCCGGAUAUGAUCAUUCCUAUUGAACAUUUGAAUGUUUGA